AUGACCCAAGAAGGGAUAUACAAGGGGAACAGCAGGGAAGAGAGGAUCAUUGGUAAGGUUAUCAGAUGGCAGCUGGGAGUUAGAUGUGACAGGAGUCCGGGAGAUAGGUGGCACGGUGAGAGAGGAGCGAUUUUGAUACAACGAAUAACAUGGGGAAAAUAG